AGUCACGAGUAGUUCACUUCCUUCGGGUCUCCUGCCACCAAGCUUUGCUCCGGCGAAGAUGUCUACGGUGACCGGCGCCUACCUCGACCAGAGGCUCGCCGCAGCCAAGCGCUGCUCCAGAGAGGCUGCCAUGGCCGGAGCCAAGGCCGCGGCCGUCGCCACCGUCGCCGCCGCAGUGCCCACCCUGGCGAGUGUGAGGAUGCUUCCGUGGGCCAAGGCGCACCUGAACCCCGCCGGUCAGGCGCUCAUCAUCUCCACCGUCGCCGGGAUGGCCUACUUCAUCGUCGCCGACAAGACCAUCCUCUCCAUGGCCAGGAAGCAUUCCUUCCAGGACGCGCCGGAGCACCUCAAGAACACCUCAUUCCACUAAUUAUUGGGCUGUAUGUACGUUUUUGCUGAAAGAUACUCACGUAGUACGAGUAUAAUGUUCAGCGAGGCGAUGCAGAUCAGGCCUUGCGCCUCUGUCCGUGCAGGCACUUGUCUGAUGAAGUAAUCAUAAUGUAUUCAGCCAGUAAUCUUGAAUUAAUAAUGACUUGCAUCUGUUCAA